AUCGAAACAUUGACAGGAAAAAAAAAAAAAAGAAGAAAAGAAAAAAAUCGCGUCAAAGAAAAAGCGAAUCCGAAAUUUUUUUGUAAUAUAAAAAAUUUAUAUUUUAUUUUUCCGUUCAUCUUCGAUAAUUUAAUUCAUAUUAAAUAAAUAAAUGAAAUAAUAAAUUAACGACUUAUCCAAUAACGUCUAAAAUAGAAAGAUUAAAAACGUUAUAAUUGCGGAAAAGAAAAACAACAAGAAAAUAGAAAUAUAAAAUAAUAUUCUUACUUAUCCCCCAAAAAAAGAAUCCGAAGUGUGUAAAAUAGAAUUAUAAAGAAAUCAAGUUGAAAAAAAAAAGAAAACUUCAUCAAACAAACAAAAAUUUUUGUUCGUUUCGUCGUUUUCUUUUUCUAGUGUGUGUGCGAAAUUAUAUUGAAUUUUUUUUUAUAAUUUUUUUUCAUUUUUUCUUUCUCCUCGAGAAUUCCUCGAAUUGAGUUACAAUAAAAAAAAAAACCGAAAGAAAUCCUUUUUUUGCUUCUUCUACACGGAAAUUCGAACGAAAUAUUUAUCCAAUCAAUCUCGCCCCCAACUAAUUUUUUUCUUAAUCGUGUGAAUUAUAUUGAAUUGAAUUUGAGAAUAAAAAAAAAGCAAGCAAAAAAAAAAAACACCGAUAACCCAUCUCGAUUCGUGUUAAAAUAGAGAAAUCUUCUUUCGUUCGUCGAUAACCCAAAGCUUACAAAAAAAAAAAAGAAGAAGAGUAUCAAAUUGAUUUGGUGGUGUCCCAAUCAAAUAAAAGGAUCGUCGUGUUCUUCUCCCUUUUAAACUAUAACCAAAACCAUCUCUCGGCAUUCACCGAAAUUGUGGAUCAAGUAAAAAGCAAUCAAAAAAUUUGCAAUAAAACUCGCCAGGAAGCACAGCAGCACGACGUUUUGGUUGUUGGUCGCCUUUUGGAAGAAGAAGAACACAACCACGACGAUACAACGACUUGGUCUUGGUCUUGGUUGUUGUCAAUCGAAUCGAGUUCCCAGUUGAGUCGACGAGAGGAAAGAUUCGCCAAUUAUAUUAAAUUUCUGUCAGUUUUUCUAGACUAUGUCUGAAUACUUGUACAAUCAAUUUACAUAGCGCCAUGGCUGCGACGAGAAAGUUGCAAGGAGAGAUAGAUAGGUGUCUGAAAAAGGUCGCUGAAGGAGUCGAAACAUUCGAAGAUAUUUGGAAAAAAGUUCACAAUGCAACAAACAGUAAUCAGAAGGAGAAAUAUGAAGCGGAUCUUAAAAAGGAGAUCAAAAAGCUGCAGCGGCUUCGCGAUCAGAUUAAAUCAUGGAUUGCGUCCGCUGAGAUUAAGGAUAAAAGCGCCCUCUUAGAGAAUCGGCGUCUCAUCGAAACACAAAUGGAAAGAUUUAAAAUCGUGGAACGAGAGACAAAAACCAAAGCCUAUUCGAAAGAAGGCCUGGGAGCGGCACAAAAAAUGGAUCCAGCUCAGCGUAUCAAAGAUGAAGCACGCAAUUGGCUAACCAGUUCAAUUAGUUCACUGCAAAUACAAAUCGAUCAAUACGAAAGUGAAAUCGAAUCGUUAUUAGCGGGCAAGAAGAAACGCUUAGAUCGAGAUAAACAAGAUCGCAUGGACGAGCUGCGAUCGAAAUUAGAUCGGCAUAAAUUCCAUGUAACAAAACUGGAGACCCUACUGCGAUUGCUUGAUAACGAUGGUGUUGAGGCAGAGCAGGUAAAUAUACACAACAUUGUUAAUAAAAUCAAGGAUGAUGUUGAGUACUACAUUGAAUCCUCGCAAGAGCCCGAUUUCGAAGAGAACGAGUUUAUCUAUGAUGACAUUAUUGGCUUGGAUGAAGUUGAAUUAUCAGGCACCGAAGGUGUUUCCCUUGGUAUUCCAUCAUCAUUAGCAACAACAGACAGUAACAACAGUAAUGAAACUGGCGGUUCGCCAAGUAGUAUAGCGUCUGGUGGCAGUCCUGUUCAAUCGCCUCCACCUUCGUCGCAACAGCUGAACAACUGCAGCGGCAGUACGGGCAAUACAACAACCAGCAGUAGUAGCACUACAAACAAUGCGAAUAAUCUAAACUAUAGCAGUGAUUCGACGUCUGUUGAUAUAACAGCAGCAGCAGUAGCGGCAGUGGCAGCGGGUGUAGCGUCAGCCGAUAAGCGCAAUAAGAACGACACUAAUGCCAGUAGCAAAACAAAACAACCUGUUAAACCUACAGCUGUACGAGCCAAUAACAACAACAAUACCAGCGGUAAAGCAGCUGCUGGGGCGGGAGGAGAUUCGAAUCUUAACAACAGUGCAACAUCGAACAACCUAAAUAACUCAACGGCGGCGCAAUUAUCGCAACAACAACAGCAGCAGCCAAAUAAAAGCCUAAUAAGUUCAACGCCUAGUAAAAAUCAGCAACAGACGAGCCAUGCGUCCGGUUUGGCGAAUAGUUUGCAAUCAAAUGUGACGACGUCAGUGGUGAAUUCAGCGCAACAACAGCAUACAACAUCUGUGACGCUCCAACAACAACAACAACAGCAGCAACAACAACAUUCUAAUGCACCUAGUUUGAAUUCAUCGACGAUAAUUCAGGCCCAAUCUGUGAUUCAAGCCACACCACCAAUUGCAUUUGCAGCUGUAGCUAAGAACAAUACAUCACACCUGGAAAAUGGCCCAGUGCAUCCUGCAACAUCGUACACAAUGGCAGCGCCAACAGUUGCAUCGAUUGUUGGAUCAAAUGCACAACAACAGCCGCAACAUACAAAUCUUCAAACGAAUUCCUCACAUCAAACAAGUGAUUCCUCAACAACGCAUAACAACACUUCCAAUAAUACCAGCAUAGGAAACACAAGCAGCAAUGUAGUGACAUCAGGAGUAUCAGUGGAUUCAGGAGCGCCUCUAGUUAUAAAUGCCCCGAGUAACAACAACAGCAACAGCCUUGCAAAUCGCAUUUCACCCAAUGGCAUUGCGAAUGUGACAAGUGUUCUAACAAACAACACAAGCCGAGGAUCACCCGGUUUGCUAUCGCCGAAACAUAUGAACGGUCCCCUUAACCAUAACAACAAUAGCAAGGGAUUAAAUGUAUCUGUGUCUGGUACACAAAACAGUACCGAUACCAUGUCCACACUGAAAACAAUGGCCCAAGACGCAAUUAAUAGAUCUGGGUCUGAAACGAAUAUGCUAGCGCAAGGUCCCAAUGUGGACACAAGGCAACAGCAACAACAGCAAGGCUUACUGCAGCAGCAGCAACAACAACAGCAGCAACAACAGCAACAGUCUCAGCAUUUCUCACCAGCCGUAACAGACACAACUGCCAAUAAUAGCACCACGAAUGGUCCAACAUCCGGCCAGGGUACUGUUAGUCUGACAAGCGGUAUUGUUGGACAAAAUAACACUGGCAGCGUUAUAAGUAGCAAACCGACAAAUGAAGCCCACAUCCCACCGCUGUUGGGUGUGGCGCCACUUGGUCCUUCACCAUUACACAAGGAUCAUCAAUUGCAAUUCCAAAUGAUGGAAGCUGCAUACUAUCAUCUGCCAAUGCCAAGUGAUUCGGAGAAGUUGACAACGUACAUUCAUCGGAAUCCAGUACAGACGCCACCCCACUACCCGCAGCAGUCUCAGCUACCCCACUAUGAUACAGUGGAAUUUUUCCAGCGUCUAUCAACCGAAACACUAUUUUUUGUAUUCUAUUAUAUGGAAGGAUCCAAGGCACAGUAUCUAGCCGCUAAAGCUUUGAAAAAGCAAAGUUGGCGUUUCCAUACGAAAUACAUGAUGUGGUUCCAACGACACGAGGAACCAAAAAUAAUUAAUGAUGAUUACGAACAGGGUACGUACAUCUACUUCGACUAUGAGAAAUGGAGUCAACGCAAAAAGGAAGGAUUCACAUUUGAAUACAAGUACUUAGAAGACAAGGAGUUGAAUUGAUGGAUUCAUGUAAAAAUUAAAAUAAACAAAUUUUAAAAAAAGAAAAGAAAGAAAAACAAAAAUACAAAAAAAAAAGAAAUACAAAAUGAAAACAAAAAAAAAAACUAUUCUAUUAAAAAAAAGAUGAAAUAUUUGAAAAAAAAACACACUUAUGUUUUAGUUUUUACUCAUAACUUUAGUUUUUUUUAUUACUUUGUUAUACAUUUAAUUUCUCUUGCAUUCGCGAUCAUUGAAUAUGUUAAUCAUUUACAAAACUAAAAACAAAAAAAAAAUGUAGAGAAGAAGAAGAGCGUGCAUUGUGUAUAGAAAAGAUAAAAAGAAAACAUGAAUAUAAAAAUGGGAAGUGAACCAGAAAACACUCAAAUUGAAAACAACAUUUGAAAAAAAAAAUAAUAAAAAAAAAACAACAAGAUUUAGAAUUAAUAAAAACAAAACAAAAAUAUUACAUUAUAUAUAUGCUUGAUAAAUGUUUUUAAUUUUCUUAUUUUUUAUUAAUUCAAAAAAAAAACAAGCCCAUUUAAACAAAAACACUAUGGAUUGAGACGAGAAAAUCUACAGAGAGUUGAGAGCCUUGUGUGAGUUUUUUUCGUUUUUUUUUUGUUUUUGUUGGGUUUUGAUUUUCUUUGGUUUCUGGUUUAUUUGGUGAAGCUUUAGAUUUCCUAAAACGAUUCUUUGUUUGUUAAAAGCUGCAAAUUGUCGAUUACCUUUUCUUUCAAUCGUAUUCAAUAUGUACAUCUCUGUUAUUACAGUUUUCUCUGAGUGUAAAAUAUUGAGAAUGUUGAAGGGAAUUUCUUGGGUCCAAAAUAAAGUUAUUUCCCAACCGUUUUCUGUUGCAGGGAAAACUUUUGAACAUCAUUGAUUUUCAAAAAUUUCGAAGAAAUGGAAAACUUAAUGUACACGUUCAGAAAACAAUAGGGACUUGAUUUUUAGUCAUUGGUAAAUUUAUUAUUUACCGAUCAGAGACCCGAAACAUGACUAACUUUUUAGUCUGUGAAUCUGCCUAAUUUUUCUAGAACUUCAACUUUAACUAACAAAGGACGUAUUGGACAGUGCAAAAUACCUGAUACCGAAAAGAAAAAACAAUUUGUUACACUAACUUAUUUGAUUGGAUCGGAUAGGAUUUUUCGAUUCGCAAAUUAAAUAAAUAACUGCGUAACCAUAUAACGACUUUCAUUCUGAAUAAUAGGAGAAUGUUGUUUUUCUAGAAAUAUUAUGUUCCCUGAUGUUAAGGAUUCGGUGAUGUAAAGGAUUCAAAGGAAAUUUUUGAACAUACUUGUUCCUUCACCGUUCAUUCUUACUGAAGGAACCAAUUUAAAUUGUUCUCCCGAAAAUAUUUCCCAUUGUAGCUUCGAAGUCUUAUCUCAAGUUUGAAUCUCUAUAUCCGAGGUGCUGACUUUACAAAAAUCUCUUACAAAAUAGAUAUCUUUUUUGACUGCAAAUUCGAAGAAACGAUUACAACUUACGACCAGAAAAUAAGCAUCUCUAACAUAAAAACAAAGUAUAAUUGGAAAAAUAAUUGCUGAAAUUCAAAUUGAGAUCGUUAAAUUAGAAAAAGGAACCUUUUAUUAAAGAAAGACAACAAAAUCUUUUCGACCACGCUACAUAUUCCAAUUAUGUACUAAUGUGAUUAUGGGAAUUUAAAACAAAAUCUUAAAUCUUUAUUUUAAAUCGGCAAUAUUGUGCUUGUAGAAUAGAGCAACCAAACCCAUAUGUUCUCUAUUUCUCAAACUUACAAACAGAAGAUUUUUGAAAAUAUUUCACAAUUUUGUGGAAGGUAUUGGAAUUUCGCUUCCUCAAAAAAUUGGUCAUUUUUUACUUUAAACAUUUAAUAAGAAACGAGAAUAAAUAUAUUUUCGUCAUGUACGGGAAAUUUUUUUUUUAACAACAAUUUGUGAGUUUGUGAAAUUGAUGAUACAGAAAGUGGUAAGACAUUUAUUUGCUUUUCAUCUUUUUUUUAUAUCAGUUAAAAUUCUUCUAUUUUCCGCUCUUAUUGUAAAAAAAAAACAUUGCAAAUAAAAUAAAAAAAAAACGCAAUUUGAC